AUGCCCGUGCAGCAAAGUCCAACUCCGGGCCCUGGUGACGCCAGCAGAACGUCACCAGGAAACCUUGCAGCUUCGCCCAGAGUAGCGACUUAUGUUGCCGCAGACCAGAUGACGGCAGGUACAUGUCCUGGUGGAGGCAGAUGUAAUGGUACUGGUGGUCAGCAAGGCUGUAGUGGCUGUCCAGCGUUCAACAAUCGCGUGUCCAAGACCGCGAAAUUCGCCCUGGCUCAGGCAAAUGCAGCAUCGAAUGACAGUACGAACGGCGCAGACGCAGCGUCUAGUGCAGCGGCAGCAGCUUCUACUAGUGCCAUUCCCGCUUGCCAAAAUUGCGCAACUACGAUCACACCCCUGUGGAGACGGGAUGAUGCCGGUCACAUAAUAUGUAACGCUUGUGGUAAGUUCACACCUGCUCAAAGGUACGUUUCAAACGAGAAAUUGCAGUUAACUUACUUCGAUUCAGGACUAUACUACAAGCUCCAUGGAACACAUCGACCCGUCGCAAUGAAGAAGCAGGAGAUCAAACGCCGAAAACGAGUCGUGCCAGCCGGCGACACUGGCUCUCAAGCCACACCCUCUGUUGCCGAUUACUCUCCACCUCAGCGUCCGUCCCAAACCCCCGCGUUCGAGCAUUCCGUUUCCCCGGACCCGUCAACGGCAAUUGAGUCUCGGGAAGACUACACGCCCGAGCCACCCAGAGGACCUAUCGCUGUCGACUUUACUCACUAUUACGGCAACGCAUCGAUGACCUCUAAUCUUGCAACACUUGUACCUAACAUGCAACCCAAUGCACCGUCCCCCCGGAAACGCAGUCGCAGUGCUACCAUGGACCCUGAAGAGACUGCAAAUCCCAUGCCCCAUCGUCCAAACGCGAUAUCAUCAAUAUUGAACCCUUCCCAAGCUGACACGGACGCUAACAUCGACCCGUCACUUUCAGUGCCGCUACGCCCGAGCGCUGGCACGUCACCUAAUCCGGGCAUGUCACAAGAAGAGAAGGCAGCGAGGAGGGAGAGACUGAAGAGAGAAGCAGAAGCUAUGAGACUGGAGCUGGAAAGAAGACAGAAAGAAUUAGAUGAACUGGAAAACGAUUGA